AUGUUGAACAAGUCCCAAUUGCUGUCACCUGCUACAACCGGGUUUGGCGGGCUGCCAGACGUAACGGAGCACUCAAACAUACGCCGCACCCUCUCCCGCCAGAACUCGAUCUCCAACAGCGACUCCGGCGGCGAAAUUGCCAGCAUACAAAAGUCCAAAGUCUUUGGCAGCGCGAUGACGGCCGGCGUAGUUGUUGGCAACGAUAUCGCUGGCAUCGCUCUCGAUACCAAAUCGCCCACCUCACUGGCAGCGACUGCAUCGACAGCAGCCGGCGCCUCCGGCAAGACGAAGGGCAAGAGCGGACGCAAGGGAAGAAACAGCUCUGGUCCCGCCCACAAAACGCGACGCGGCUCCUGGAUGUUUGCCCUGACACUAGUAAGUGCCAUUUGCCUGCUCGCGAUUGCGGCAACCCUGGCCUAUCAGCACUUCCUCAUGUCACCCAGCCGCAACUCGCACGCACAAAGACUGAGAAUCGUUAGACGCAUUCUGCGCGAGGUGCCACUCGUCGAUGGACACAAUAACUUUGCCUGGAACGUGCGCAAGUAUGCUCACAGCAGCCUGGAACUGGUCCACCUCAGUCACGACAUCGAUCACAAGUCCAUAUGGUCACGACCAGCUUGGGCUCAGACAGACAUGGAAAGGCUCAAGCAGGGAUUAGUCGGCGUGCAGGUCUGGUCGGCGUACGUGCCGUGUGAGGCGCAGGGCUUGGACGCUGUCCAGCUGGCACUGGAGCAAAUCGACAUUGUGCGGCGACUGUCGGACAUGUAUGCAAGGGAGACUGUACUGGCAACCUCCUCACAGGACAUCGUGGCCACGCACAGGCGCGGUCUGCUGGCCUCGCUGAUCGGCAUUGAGGGAGGUCACACAAUCGGCUCAUCGUUGGGAGUAUUGCGCUCCUUCUACUCUCUAGGUGCUAGAUACCUCAGUCUGACCCAUCGGUGUGAUGUGUCCUGGGCCGGUUCGAGUGCCUCCCCGCUGGAACAGGGUCUGUCGCCCUUCGGCAAGGCCAUUGUGCGGGAGAUGAAUCGUCUAGGAAUGAUGAUCGACCUCUCGCACAGCUCGGAUGCCACUGCGCGUGAUGUCCUUCAAGUAACAAGGGCACCCGUCAUAUUCUCCCACUCGGCAGCACGCCAGCUAUGCAACUCGACGAGAAACGUGCCCGAUGAUAUAUUGCGUCUGGUGGCCGAGAACGGCGGUCUCAUCAUGCUGAGCUUCGACCCAGAGGACGUAGCCUGCGGGCGACAGGCGAGAUUGCAGGAUGUGAUAGAACACAUCAAAUAUGUACGAGCAAUUGCGGGCAUUCAACACAUUGGCCUGGGAGCAGGCUAUGAUGGCAUUGAGAUGCCCCCUUUGGGCUUGGAGGACGUGUCCAAGUACCCGGAAUUGCUGGCUGCUCUCCUUGAGGAUCACAACUGGAGUGAAGAGGACGUUGCAAUGCUGGCGGGUCGCAACUUUCUUCGUAUCAUGGAAACCGUGGAGACUGUGCGCGACUAUUGGAAACGUGCCGCCAUUCAGCCCAUUGAACAGACAGAGCCACAGCCAAAGACGCAGUGCACCUACAUGUCAUCGUGACCACUGCCGCAGGCGGUCAGAACUCGCCGCGAUGAAUCCGCGACAAUGGACAGCAACAAUCCCAAUCACACAGAAACGGCUUCAACCGGCGCUCAACUCUGGCAUCAAUUGGAACCCGGCGCAAAUCAAACAAAAGUCCAACACAUGGCGAUGGCUGCAACUGCCACAACGAUAGCAACAACAACAUUCACAGUCAGUGGACUCUUGCAGUAAGCUCAGCACUUGUAAAUCGUGUGUUACUCCAGAGCGAAAGUAUUAAAGUUGUUAAGCCGACUUAACGCAAUGCCGACGUUCUUCAUUUAUUUAAUGCAACAUGGUUAAAAUCCUCUGGCUAUGCACUGGCAGUUGGAAAAUUAAAUAAUACUCUACGUUAGCACAGGAAUCAAAA